AUGGCACUCCUUGCGGAUUACGUCGUUGCUGCAUUUUCACUUCCUGUGCCCAGUAAGAAGAUAUGCAUCCUCUGGCACUACUUUUCCUGGGAGGACACAAUGCAAAAGACCGAUCCCACAUGGAAGCAGCGAGAUGAGAGGAUUACGACUGCCCUUGGCGGGUGUUUCAAUCUCCCCCCUAGUGAUGAUCAAGGUCCGCCAUUCUUCCGGCCUCAGUCUUAUCUAAUAGCUGCUCUCGUGGAAGCCAAUAAGCCCGAUGAUGAGACCAUGGCUAUUAUCUCUGCUAUAGAGCAGUUCAUAGAGACACUGGAGUUCCAUAAGCAGCGUGCUUGCGAAGACGAACGUGUCCGCCGUCGUGGCCGGGAGUGGUUGAAGACUAUUGGCAGACGAGCCCGUCAGUCGCUUCCGCCUCGUAAGAGCCUGCCAGAAAACCCCCAUGGCUCAGAGACCAUAGGGUAA